AGAAAAUGGCGAAGCAGCCGAAUGGUUUUGUGAAGCGGGCGAAGUUAAAAUCCGUUCAGAAGCCAUCUGCCAAGAAAGCGUCGUUCAAGAAACCGCGGCGUGUCCUUCCGAAAGAUGCGUCCAAAGCACAUCUGAAGCGAGAGGUGAAAUCUUUUGUCACGAAAUUGAAUGCGGGUGCUGAGGCCGACUUUUCGGAUGAUGAUCUGGCCUUCGACAAUGUGGAUCCCAAAAAAAGAAAUUUUGAAUUCGAUGCUGCGAAACCUCCGAUUGGCAAAGGAAAGAAGAAGAAAUUUGAUUUCGAAGCCGCCGACGAUGAACAAGCAGCGGAUGAUGCCGAAGAAGCCGCUAUGUGGGAAGCACAAAGCGAAAUUCUUGAUCCGAAGUUUUCGAAGAUUUUAUUCCCUCCCGGAGCUGGAAAGUGGUUUAAAAACGCACCUUCGUACGGAAGUCUGACCAAGUGGCCUGAUGCACCUCCGAAGCUCGUUUCGGAAAUUGAAGUGGAAGCAGACGAAGCAUUGGCCAACGAUGCCCGUCUUUACAAGCGAUAUUUAAAAGUCCGACCAGAAAAGAAAGACUUUCACUGGGUGGAAUCCGUUAUGAAAAACGGUACAGUGGCUGACAAAAUGGCAGCUUUUGUUGUUCUUAUCCAAGACAGUCCUGUUCAGAAUUUCGACCGCAUCGUUCGUUUCGUCAACACCACUUUCAACAAACAGCGACGAGAAGCUCUGAUGGCUGUCGACACGCUGCGGGAAGUUUUCCUUUCUGAAAUACUUGCGGAUUCGAGAAGACUGCGGGCGCUGAAAGAACAACCCCUGACGGAGCUCAACAAGGUUGUGGCAGCGAAUCAAAAGGCAGAUUCCAAGAAUGACGAGUCUGUCACGAGACUGCGGAUCAUCGCGUUUUGGAGGUUCGAAGACCUGGUGAAGAAGGAGUAUGAGCGUUUUGUGAACGCGGUCGUGGCCCUGUCUGCAGAUCCUGUGGAUGCCACGAGACUCAGAACUCUGCAUACCUUGUAUUCUCUUCUACUGAAUAAUCCUGAGCAAGAAAGGAAAUUGUUGCAAACGUUGGUGAACAAGUUGGGCGAUCCAGUGAAAAAAGUGGCGUCCAGUGCUGCCUACAGAUUAACGCAGCUUCUCAUCAACUAUCCCUCGCUGAAGGCGGUUGUUUGUGAAGAAGUGGAACAUUUUGUGUUCAGACCAAAUGUGGGCGAAAGGUCUCAAUAUUAUGCCGUUUGCUUCUUGACUCAAGUAAUUUUGUCUCACGACGAAGAGAGUCUCGCUGUGAAACUGAUCAUCAUCUAUCUAUCGUUAUUCCGGAAAAGCAUCACCGAGAAUGUACUGGGAAAGAAGGUCGUAGCUGGACUUCUUGCAGGCCUUAGAAGAGCAUUCCCGUUUGCGAAAUCCACCUUGAAAACCGAGGCGGAAGCAGCAAAACUUGAGAAACUUUCUGCGGUGAAAGAAGAGUCAGGACACCUGAAAGGUGCUCCGAGAAAAGAACGCGUUCCGUCGCCAGGUUCCAGAUUGAUGGCUGAACUGAAUCAUUUGUUCAGAGCUGUCCACGAUUCCUCGAGUUUUCCGGUUUCCGUCAGGGCAUUAAGCGUGCUAGAGCAAGUUUCUGAGAGCCAUUCAGAGCUGACUGACAGGAGUUUAUACAGGAAGCUUUUGGAUCCGCAGUUUGGAAAAAGUUCUGCAGUGACCAUGUUUUUGACCAUUUUGUUCCGAGUGGUUUCCGCAGACCGGAGCAAGGAAAGGCAGUUGGCAUUUCUCAAGCGUAUUCUUCAGUUGUGCCACACGGUCUCGACAGAACUGGUCUGUGGUUUGCUCGUGAUCAUCUCGCAAAUCCUGGUGAAGAAUCCCCAGUUUCUCGCGACUCCGUUCGAAUCCGUGUUCCUGAGACCGAAAACCGGCGAGAUGAAUGGACGAGGCGGCCGUGGUCGUGACGACGAUGAUGAUGAUGACGACGAAGAAGAGCAUUUCGUGGAUGUGGAUUUGAUUGGGGACGGUGAUGAUGGCCAAAAGAGUGAAGCCGUCCGGGCCUCGUGGGUCCACACGAAGCCGCAACAGACGAGUCAAGACUUCGACAGACAUCCGGAUGCCCCCGGCAGCUCGAGCGUAGCCUGGGAAGUGGCCCGUUUGUGCCAGCAUUACCACCCGACGGCCAGGCUCUUUGCACAGCAAGUGGCGAGCAAGCGAAGAGUCAAUUACGACGGGGAUCCGCUGAAGGACUUUGCCUUGUUGCGGUUUUUGGACAAGUUCGUGGCCAAAAACCCGAAAGCCGCAGGACAGAAGAAGCAGACGGAGUGGCAGCCUACUGAGAGAGACGUGGUGUUUGGCAAACGUUCGCUGCACGUGCCGAAGGACGUGUAUGGCACAGGCAUGGAUGCCUUUUUGGACAAGUAUGUCAAAUUGAAAGACAAGGAGACCCCGAGACCACAGUUGGACGACAAGGAGCGGGAGAAGCGUAAGAGGAAGAGGGAAGAGCGGAAAAGGCGGAAAGCCGAGAACGAAGACGCGGAAGAACUCGGAAGCGAUGUAUCCGAUGCGGAAGUGGACGAUUUCUUGGCCAAAGAACUCGGACUGGACGAAGCUGAAUCCGAUGAAGACCUGGACUUUGCAUCCGGAGUCGGACCUUCGAAGAAAAUGCGGUCGCGUGUCGACGACGACGACGACGUCGGCGGCAGUGAAGCAGAUGAAAUGAGCAGCUACGGGGGGAUGGCAGCCCUCGUGAAGGCGUCUCUGCUGCCACUCCUGGUGGCGUUUGCAGUCGCGAAACCGCCAGGACUGGGCAAAGCAGGAGCAGGAGAUGGACUGUACAAGUACUCGGACAAGAUGCAGUUGCUGAACAACGACAGCCUGGAAAAGUACCUGUUGCUCAGCAAGACUGCUUGGGUCAUCGAGUUCUACAGUUCUUGGUGUGGACACUGCAUGAAUUAUGCCCCAACGUGGAAGGAAUUCGCCCAGCAAAUUUUCGAGUGGAGAAGCGUUGUUCGCGUGGGAGCCAUAGACUGCGCCAAUGACAAGAACACCCCCGUGUGCAGGGCUUUCCAGGUGAUGAGGUACCCGACUGUGCGCUUUUUCCCUCCGGGCAUGACCAGCAACAAGUUCUUGGGAGUGGAUGUCCCGUCUCCAGCCGGGAUCCCGAAUGACAAGCUCCGGCAAAAGGUGGCCGACUAUGUGGAGGAGGUGAGGAUCAAGUACAAUGCCAAACACUUUCCUGACCUUGUACAGCUGCGAGAUUCUCAAGAGUUACCGAAACCUGGGAAAAAGAUGCUAGUUGUUGUCUACGAGUGGGAAGGAGACACUGAUGAUAUCGGAAGAGAAGUUGCCCUGGAUGCGUCUUUGUUUGCCAGUGAUGUGGACGUUGUGCGAGCCAAAGCCACGCAUCCCUCGUACUCGAAAUACAAAGUGAUGAGAACCCCGGCCAUCUUGUUUCUGGAUGCCGAGGGAAGUCAAGUCAAGAUUCUUUACGGGGAUCAAGUGUCCAAGAUGGGGUUCAUGGAUGCCCUCAAGUCUCUGUUGCCCGAGUUGAAUAAUGAUGCCCCUGUCGUCCCGGGAUACAACGAAGUCGACUUUAAGCCGCUUCAAGAACGAGUUGAAGAGAAUCUGGUGGUGGUGGAGGAGGAGGAGAUUCUGGCCAACGGGAAGCCGCGAGGAGCAGCGUACAACACCCGAGUGCACAUGCAGGACAUGACGAGUGCCAUCAGGUAUUCGCUGAGCCACGAAAUCGCCCUGCACUCGACCAUUUCCGGAGAGGACUACACGAACCUGCGCAAGUUCAUCGCCGCCCUGGCCGAAUUCUUCCCGGGCCCUCCGCCGGUGACAACGAAGCUGGGCCACCUAUUGGCAGCACUGGACGCUGUUGGCGGGCCAGGCGUCAUCACGGCGGAUCAGUGGCUGGAGAUGAGCAAGCCCGUCGUGGCAGAGAUUCCCGUGUCGGGCUUUGUGGGCUGUGCCGGGAGUUCCAUCAAGUACCGGGGUUAUCCCUGCGGUCUCUGGACCCUGUUCCACGCCAUGACUGUGGAGGCUGUGCGGGUGGGCCAGGAGGCCCGAUACGGAGACGUGUUGGACGCGGUGCACGGCUUUGUCAAGAGCUUCUUCAGCUGCAGCUACUGCUCCAAGCACUUUCAGGAGAUGUUUGCCAAGACGAGGCAGGAUGUGCAGGACCUGGAGUCGAGCGUCAUGUGGUUGUGGGUCUCACAUAACAAGUUACCGAAACCUGGGAAAAAGAUGCUAGUUGUUGUCUACGAGUGGGAAGGAGACACUGAUGAUAUCGGAAGAGAAGUUGCCCUGGAUGCGUCUUUGUUUGCCAGUGAUGUGGACGUUGUGCGAGCCAAAGCCACGCAUCCCUCGUACUCGAAAUACAAAGUGAUGAGAACCCCGGCCAUCUUGUUUCUGGAUGCCGAGGGAAGUCAAGUCAAGAUUCUUUACGGGGAUCAAGUGUCCAAGAUGGGGUUCAUGGAUGCCCUCAAGUCUCUGUUGCCCGAGUUGAAUAAUGAUGCCCCUGUCGUCCCGGGAUACAACGAAGUCGACUUUAAGCCGCUUCAAGAACGAGUUGAAGAGAAUCUGGUGGUGGUGGAGGAGGAGGAGAUUCUGGCCAACGGGAAGCCGCGAGGAGCAGCGUACAACACCCGAGUGCACAUGCAGGACAUGACGAGUGCCAUCAGGUAUUCGCUGAGCCACGAAAUCGCCCUGCACUCGACCAUUUCCGGAGAGGACUACACGAACCUGCGCAAGUUCAUCGCCGCCCUGGCCGAAUUCUUCCCGGGCCCUCCGCCGGUGACGACGAAGCUGGGCCACCUAUUGGCAGCACUGGACGCUGUUGGCGGGCCAGGCGUCAUCACGGCGGAUCAGUGGCUGGAGAUGAGCAAGCCCGUCGUGGCAGAGAUUCCCGUGUCGGGCUUUGUGGGCUGUGCCGGGAGUUCCAUCAAGUACCGGGGUUAUCCCUGCGGUCUCUGGACCCUGUUCCACGCCAUGACUGUGGAGGCUGUGCGGGUGGGCCAGGAGGCCCGAUACGGAGACGUGUUGGACGCGGUGCACGGCUUUGUCAAGAGCUUCUUCAGCUGCAGCUACUGCUCCAAGCACUUUCAGGAGAUGUUUGCCAAGACGAGGCAGGAUGUGCAGGACCUGGAGUCGAGCGUCAUGUGGUUGUGGGUCUCACAUAACAAGGUGAACAAGAGACUGGCUGGAGAUAUUUCGGAAGACCCGGCUGCCCCGAAAAUCCAGUUCCCACCGCCGCAACUCUGCCCCGACUGCUUCGACGACUCUUCUGCCAAGUGGGUCAAGGAUCGGGUCUACGACUUCCUCUUGUCCUACUACGGCAGGGAAAACAUCGUUACUUCUUCUUCGUCUGUGGACAACUUGACCGUCUUGCACGGAGUGUCUUCGUCUUCGGCCGCCGCCUUGAAGCCGCCUUCCAGGAUCCUCUUCACCGUGUUGGACGUGACGAUUUGCUCGCUGAUGUAUUUGUUGUCGGCGGGCGUGUUGGUGGCAGUCUACUACUUCCUCAUUGUGGCCAGGAGGCACAAGAGGGUCUCUGCUGACCCACUGCUGCCCAAGUGGGUCCAAUUCAAGUGAAGGUGUGGAACGUUGGAGUUCCGAGGGUGAAAUCGUGUGUGUUUGUGUGUGUGCGCGCGACGGAAUUUUGACAGCAAAUUACGAGGGGAUAUCUCGACGAGUCUCGUGAGUCACCAACACAAUUUUAAUUGCCAUUUUGUUUUUAUUUGUGGGGUUAAGAAAAAAAAUUUGAAGUCAUUACUGCACCGAGUACUGUACCAUUACAUGGAGAUCCGAUGCAAUUAAUUGUGAAGGAUGUGACGGACAUCCAGUGUUGAUCAGUGUCGAGCAUCAGGAUGAUGGAACUUGCCAAAAUAUAACUUUUUUUUUCUUUUCGAGAGUAGUUUGUUUUUCCCCCGAAAUUACUCUAAUAUUAAGUUCAUAUUUGAGUCGAAAUGAUUUUUUUGGGCUGUCUCCACCGACGAUGACGACGACAGUAUUCGCAUUGAGAUAACUUUUAUUUAUUCAUUUUCCGUAACAUUCGCCGGAUAAAUGGUUUAUGAAUGACGUCUCCUUGAAAUUGGCUGGGCCACAUGGUGGUAAUUUCGACAUGCGAGGCCUUGUGCCUGAUUAUUCAUUUUCAUUGGGUUAUUUGUAUUUUUUACCGGCCCACUGAGAGGAAAGCCUUUCAUAAAUGAGCUUUCUUUUCUGAAGUGAAUUGUAUUAUCGAAAUCAGGAAUUAUGUGAGAGCUUUCGAAAUUUACGUCUACAUUUCCAUUCAACUGCACCAGGGAUUUUUGGUGGAUUGCGAGACUUUGGAGAAGACUUCUCUUGCUUUACUUCACUUGAUCUUUGAUUGAGAAUCGUCAUGCUUUUAUGUCAGGAAAUGCAAAUUGGGAAGCAGGUGAAUUUUUUUUUUAUUUAUAGAAAUCGAAAACAUGAGACAUCGACAAUGGCGAAUGUUCUCUUUGAGUGCUUCCGUGAUGGAGGAAAUAUUGACAGAAAUUUGGUUUCCAUUGUUCUUGUGAUAUGAACUCCUGAUGAAAUUGCAUUUUGUUUUGUGAUUUGUUUUGUGCGUGUUGGGGAUUAAAUCUGUCUUUUUUUCUCUU